UUGCACCGGAAGAGAAGAGGUUUUGUUCCUGCGCAGCGUUUCGCCAUGGCCCGGGGCCCCAAGAAGCACUUGAAGCGUGUUACAGCACCGAGGCAUUGGAUGCUGGACAAACUAACGGGUGUGUUCGCACCUCGUCCAUCGACAGGUCCCCACAAGCUCAGGGAAUGUCUCCCACUCGUCAUCUUCCUCAGGAAUAGACUCAAGUAUGCAUUGACUGGAGAUGAGGUAAAGAAGAUAUGUAUGCAGCGCUUCAUAAGAAUUGACGGCAGGGUUCGGACAGACAUCACAUACCCCGCUGGAUUCAUGGAUGUCAUCAGCAUCGAGAAAACAGAUGAACAUUUCCGCCUGGUCUAUGACACCAAGGGCCGCUUUGCUGUUCACCGCAUCACAGCAGAAGAGGCAGGGUACAAGUUGUGCAAAGUGAGGAAGAUUACUGUGGGUACUAAGGGAAUCCCACACCUGGUGACUCAUGAUGCUCGUACCAUCCGAUACCCAGAUCCUGUCAUCAAGGUGAAUGAUACAGUGCAGAUUCAUUUAGGGACUGGCAAGAUAACUGACUUCAUCAAAUUUGACACAGGAAACAUAUGUAUGGUGAUUGGUGGAGCCAACCUAGGUCGUGUUGGUGUGAUCACCAACAGGGAAAGACAUCCUGGUUCUUUCGAUGUGGUGCACGUGAAGGAUGCCAGUGGCAGCAGCUUUGCCACGAGGCUUUCCAACAUUUUUGUCAUUGGCAAGAGGCUGUCCUCACGUCUGUGGUCCUCGGCUGUCAGCGCACAUGUGAAGAUGAGGCGCUAGAAACCAGUGAAAGGUCAGUGUGUGGUAGAUAAGAUGGCUACGAAUCCUUCUACUCCUCCCACCGAGAGGUGGAUCUGAUCUCUCUUCCCUGGAACCUCUGCUGGCCUCAGUGCCUUCGUUGGCCAGUAGAACAUGGUAGAAGUGACUUCUGAGACUUCCAAGGCUGCGUCAUAGAAAGUCUCAUGGCUUCCGCCCUCAGCUUCUUGGAACUCCUGCCCAUGGAGCCCACGCCGUGCUGUGGGGAAGCCCAAGCGGCCCCACGGAGAGGCCACGUGGGAGGUGCCGGCCCUGGCCGGCUGCCCAGACCGCACCGCCAGCAGCCACGUGCAUGAGCCGUUCUGGAAGCAGGUCCUGCAGCCCCAUCACUCGGCCCGGUGACAUCAUGUGAAGGAGAAAUGAGCUCUCGCCACUGAGUCCUUCACAAAUGACAGAUUUGCAAGGAAAAUGGUUGAUUGUUGUUGUUUUAAACCGUGACACUUUGGGGGGAGAGGAUGAAGGGGAAAAGAACGUAAAUGUAUUUAUUACCAUUGACUGUACACUUAAAAGUGGUAAAGAUGACAAAUUAUGUAUGUAUGU